GGAGAGGCGGGAGGGGCGUGGUCCUCGGGAGCUGCCGCAGGUCAGGCUGAACGGGCGGAGGCCGGCGGCAGACCGGAGAGGCACGCGUUGGGCUGCUGCGUUUCUGGCCGGUCAUGGCAACGUCUCCCCUGAAAGUGUGCAUCGUGGGCUCGGGGAACUGGGGUUCCGCUGUUGCAAAAAUAAUUGGUAAUAAUGUCAAGAAGCUUCAGAAGUUCGCCUCCACGGUCAACAUGUGGGUCUUUGAAGAAAUGGUUGAUGGGAGAAAACUGACAGACAUCAUAAAUAAUGACCACGAGAAUGUGAAAUAUCUCCCUGGACACAAGCUGCCUGACAAUGUGGUUGCCGUCCCAAACCUCCAAGAGGCCGUGCAGGAUGCAGACAUGCUGGUGUUCGUCAUUCCCCACCAGUUCAUCCACAGAAUCUGCGACGAGAUCACCGGGAAAGUGCCCAAGAAAGCGCGGGGAAUCACGCUCAUCAAGGGCAUAGACGAGGGCCCCGAGGGCCUGAAACUCAUCUCCGACAUCAUCCGAGAGAAGAUGGGCAUUGACAUCAGUGUGCUGAUGGGAGCCAACAUUGCCAACGAGGUGGCGGCGGAGAAGUUCUGUGAGACCACCAUCGGCAGCAGAGUAAUGGAGAACGGCCUUCUCUUCAAAGAACUUCUGCAGACUCCAAAUUUCCGAAUCACGGUGGUUCAGGACGCAGAUACUGUUGAGCUCUGUGGUGCUCUGAAGAACAUCGUAGCGGUGGGAGCGGGCUUCUGCGACGGCCUCCACUGCGGAGACAACACCAAAGCUGCCGUCAUCCGCCUGGGACUCAUGGAAAUGAUCGCCUUCGCCAAGAUCUUCUGCAAGGGCCAGGUGUCCACAGCCACCUUCCUGGAGAGCUGCGGCGUGGCCGACCUGAUCACCACCUGCUAUGGGGGCCGGAACCGCAGGGUGGCCGAGGCCUUUGCCCGGACUGGAAAGACCAUUGAAGAACUGGAGAAGGAGAUGCUGAAUGGGCAGAAGCUCCAAGGACCUAUGACUUCGGCGGAAGUGUACCGCAUCCUCAAGCAGAAGGGGCUGCUGGACAAGUUUCCGUUGUUUACUGCCGUCUAUCAGAUCUGCUAUGAAGGCAAGCCCGUGCAAGAGAUGCUGUCUUGUCUCCAAAGCCAUCCAGAGCAUUUGUAAAGUGGACCAUGCAGCAUGUCAGGCAGCGUAAAUCAUGUUUGGGGUUCACGUGGAAACUGGGACUUGGCAACAAGAUGUUGGCUUGACUGUAAUCCCAUCAUGGAUGUGUAUGAAUUUUUACAGGCUCGCUUUUGAAUUUCAAGAAGGAGAUCAUUGGCUAAGAUGCACUGGGCAACAACUAGACGCACAUAUGUGAGCGCAUGAGUGUGUGUGUGUUCAUUUCUCAUUCUGUGGAUGUUUGCAUGCAUGAACCAAAAUUAAAAGUCCUUUUUAAAGAUUACUUUUGAAACUUUCCCACUGUGGUAGCUUAUAAGAUUGGAACUAUCUCAGCUGAGUUUUUUAGAUCUAAUUUAUAUCUUUGAGUGAAGGAAUUUUUUUCUCUCAUUGUCUUGAUAUAAAAUUUAACCAGCAUUGAUAACGUGGUAGAAUGGAAGAGCGAAUGCGUUCAAAGAUCAACAGACUGUAACUUUUAAACACUAUCUCAAAGCCAGCGUAAUUAAUGACUUUGUGAGUUGAUCUCUUUUUUUAACAACUAGAUGUUUUUAAUUAGGCAAUCCACUCUGUAACUCCCUCUCACUGCAGUUUUCUGUGUUUCUAGCCUCUUUUCUCUUCAUGAGCUGCCAGGAUGUGCAGAACACAGAAAACUCACCUGGGAUUUUCCUGCUGUGACUGACACAUCUUUCUGAUUAACCACACUAGUGCAAUGGUUUUUGUUUUGUGCAAACAUUUCCUUUAAGCUUCACAGAUCCUCUGAGAGGGGCUGCUAUUAUUCCUUUUGAAGAUGCUGUCACUGUGCCUGGUCACCUGAUAAGGAGGGGGCAGACCCAGGAGUCAAGUCUAGUGCUCCCCCCAGCCCCACCCCCCAAGGUGCCCUGGGACCUUCCCAGAUGUCCCUGGGCUGAUUUGACCUCCAGCCAUCGGUUGUGUCAGAGGCCCCAGGCAACCUUUCCGGAGCCCAUGGGAGGGCUCCCUGCAGCUGAGAUUUGUGUGGGGCAUUGUUGAUGCCCCUCAAAGCAUGGCCCUCGCUCCAUCAGCUUCACUUGGAGUCUCUUAGAAAUGCAGGCUCCCAGGUCCCACCACAGACCUCGGAAGUGGGAACGGUAUCUGUGCUUUAACACCCCUCCCACGUGUUUCUGACGUUCACUGCGAUUUUAGAAGCACUGCUGUAGAAAUUUUACUUUACAAUAGCAUUUCUCAGCCCGUGUUCCAUAGGCCGCUCGUGUCCUGGGACCCAGCAGUGGGGCCUUCUGGGUGUUCCCUGGCAAGGUCAGGUGAGUUUUUUGGGGAGAGCUGAAUCUUAAAAGGUGUAGAAGGUAUGUUAGCGUGUCAGUGGAACCUGUUUAUGUAACCUCGCCAGGCCCAAGCACAUUCGAUGACGGAGAUUUUAUUUUGGCAAGGAAACCUGCGAAAGUUUCUAAGGGACACUGUUCUAGGCUGAGGUCACCUUCGAUAACUCAAGUCUACCCAUCUCUCCCUGCACAAAAUUAGGAUGAAUAACGACCUGUGGUUGUGUUUGUUCUCACCUCUUCCAGCUCAGGCCUGCCAUGAAGCUCUGAUGAAGCUUUAAGGUGACACUGGCAAGUACAACCAAGUACAUAGGUGUCAGCUCCGCUGAAACGCACAUUAUGGGGAAUAAGUGCUUUUAAUUCUAGAAUUAGAAUGGGAAUCACUGUAUCUUCUUGAAUGAGAUUGGUUUCAGGAUAGCAUUACAAUGACCUUAGAUAGCACUUGAAAAACUAUUAAGGGAACAUAUGAAUGUCACUUACAUAUUUAUGGAUUUUUCAGUCACUUCGUGAGAUUUUUGACCUUUUAUAUUUCUGUGGGAAUUUUAAAAACUCUAUCCAAAUCAUUUUGGGGGGUGUUAUAAAACCCCAUCUACAGAAGUAUGUGAAAGCACACAAAAUGCUCCAAGUUUUAUUGAUUUUAGUGCCACUAUUAAGUUGAUCAAUUUUUGCUUGUCACAUGAUUCAUGUUUUUUAAAAGUUUGUACAUAGGUAACAAAGUGUUACUUUUUAAGAUACAUAAAAGGGCUGUGAGCUAAUUGUGGUGUCUAUUAAGUAGGAUAAUCAGAGCUGAGGAAUUCUGUCUUUCGUGUGUUCUCAUCUGCAUUCGCCCUUCCUGCUCUGGGUUUUGUACGUGAGUGUUUUUUCUUUACAAAUGCUCUCUUACCGCUCAGAAGUCUGCUGACUGUACCUCUUGAACAUACUUAUAGUAUGCCGCGCAUCAUGGAAAAAUGCAAAUUUCAUUGUAAGUUUGUGCUCUGCUGUCAUGAUUUAUUACUCUAUGAGUUAUCUACUAGUAUUUUUUGUAAUCACCUGUUGUCUACCAUCUCUCACUAAUUAUGGUAACAAAGAGGGAGACAUCUAGAAGAGAAGCUUAAUUUGUACUAUUUCAGCCAAUCUGUGAAUGUAAAAACUACACUAUUGCCUUGUUGUAUCCCAACCUACUGUAAUGCGGAACAGUUGUCUGUCUUGAAACCCAGCCUAGCCGGUAGGUAGAGUGGAGCUAAACUCCUCCUGGUUUUUCAUUAAACUGUUUUAACUGUAACAAGGCGCCGUGGCAUCCACCCAAGGAGUGUUGGGGCGCCAGCAUGCAAAGGGUUCUGUAGUUUUUCCAUUAAUUCUAAUCAAAGAGCCUUUUACUUACAUGUGUACUGUAUUUGUUUACAGACUAUAUAGGUGGAUAUAAUUGAUAUAAUUUAAAAGCUUGGUUUAAUAAACAUUUAACCCCCAAA